AUGCGGCAGAGGCCGUUGCCCCCGAAGCUGGCUAGCUCUGACCCUGGCCCUGCUAUGCUAUCCCUCCUGCUGAAGGAGCAAAAGCGAAGUAGAACGAGCUGCAGGAGGAGGCGAGAAGCCAUCACUGCGACGUGCCUGACCGAAGCCUUGGGAGAUCCCCUCAAUGUUGGUGUGGCCCGGGCCUAUGUCAAUCAGAAGAAGCUAGACUAUAAGGUGAAGAUCCUACAGGUCCAGGUGGCACAGUUUGCCAAGCAGACGGGCCCAUGGAUUGGCAUGGUGGAGGACUUCAACCAGGCACUUGGGGAAAUCGGAGACGGGGAGAAUUGGGCGCGUAGCAUCGAACUGGACAUGACGACAAUUGCUACAACCCUGGUAUACGUCUACAAGGGGCAGCUGCAGCCUGCCCCACCCCCCAACUUCCCCCUUUCUCCUCCUGUCUGCUCCCUUGGCGGCACAGUCACUGAGCUCUCUGACCCUUCUUCUGUCCCCACUUAUUCUCAGCUAACCAGGGGGCGGGAAGGUCAGCAAGAUCCUCAAUAA